AUGCCAUCCGACAUUGCUGGGCAUUCGACUCUCUCCCGGCCGGUGCUUCUUCGCUGUUACAUGCAAUCGACGCUGUUAAUCUUCGAAUAUGGCACACAACGCCCCGCCCUUGAUGUUUUUAGCAGGCACCAAUUUCCCCAGGAGCUCCACGGCCUCUUCAGUCGGCUCCUGUUUCUGUGGAUCAACCUAAUCCUCCUUCAGGGAUGUAAGGAUAUUUUCACCCAAGCAGAUAUGCCACCGCUAAACCAAGACAUGAUGCCAGAGUCCACAAGAAAGUCAAUGGUUGAGAUAUGGUCUCAACGAGUAUUUGCCGUGGCAAUAUAUGUUGGCAUUGCGCUGAUGACUAGCAGUGCCUUAGUGGGACUUAUUCAUGACCAUACCAUAAAGUUAGCGAGCGUCUCGUACGAUAAUGGCGCGGCCACCACACUCAUGAGCACUGACACUGAUGGCCUCGAUGGCAUUGCCGAAAUGGUUCAUGAGAUAUGGGCUCAGAUUUUAGAAGUAUUGAUUGGCAUAUGGCUUCUGGCACGCCAGGUUGGGUGGAUCUGGCCGCCUCCGCUCUUUCUUAUAUAUUUAUGCUCUCAAAUGAGUCGGUUUGUUGCAAAGCACUUGCAACCUGGCCAGAAGGCUUGGAAUAACGCAACGCAAGAUCGCAUAGCUGCUAUAAGCUCAAUGCUCAAGGCGAUGAGAAUUAUCAAGAUGCUGGGGUUCCAAGACCAUCUGAGUCGUCGUAUUCAGAAGCUUCGAGAAAUAGAGCUCCAGACAGCCUCAAAACUGAGAUGGAUCAUGGUAUACUACAAUGCAUCAGCUAAUGCCCUCGGGAUAUUCUCCCCAGCCAUCACACUGGCGAUAUUUGCGGUGACAUCCGAGGCCAAGGGUCGCAGCCUAGAGACGGACACUGCAUUUACCGCCGCAGCCGUCUUGGGCAUGGUCACGCAUCCUGCAAACAUGGUAAUGACAAUUGUACCCCGCGUAGUGUCAGCGCUCUCGGGAUUCGAAAAGAUCCAAGCAUUCUUACUUCGGCCGCCAUUACAAGUCAAUCGUAGGGAGUUACCGAAAGCUCCUCUGGCUUGGAAUUCGGCACCUAGCAAUCUAGUAACACCCGGCCCUGCCAUUCGGAUCAGCGAAGUUCAAAUCGGCCAUCCACAAGUUGUCUUGGAGAACAUCAACAUCACCAUAGCCACUGGAAAUUUCACCCUCAUAUCUGGUCCUACUGGCAGCGGAAAAUCGACUCUAUUGCGCAUGAUCCUUGGAGAAGCAAUCCCCGCUCAUGGAUCAGUCUCUUUAUCCACGCAAAGGAUAGCGUACUGCGCUCAGAGGCCGUGGCUACCUAAUGGUACAAUCAAGGAAGCCAUCUACGGUGCUACCAAUAUCUAUGGCUCAAAUUUUGAAAAUUUUGAGAAACGGUAUGACAAAGUUUUAAAUAUGUGUUGUCUCACUCAUGACAUCGAUUCACUUGCGGAUGGAGAUCAGACACAGAUUGGCAGUAGGGGACUCAAUCUGUCCGGCGGACAAAGACAACCUGUGGCACUCGCUCGUGCAUUAUUUGCAAGAUGCAAUAUACUUCUGCUGGACGACACAUUUAGUGGCCUAGAUGCCCAGUACUUUCUAGCUGCAGACCACAUCGUGGUUCUUGGAGAUCGUGGAAUCGUCGACCAAGGGAGCUGGCAAAACCUCAUUAUCAAAGCUGCAUCCAUAGCAAAGUUUGCUUCCAGCCAUACCAGCAAGGAAAACGUUGUCUUGUCGGCCAACUACAAUAAACUCAGCGCCCAGUUGCGGGCAAAGGACGCGACGGAACUGGACUUGGCGAGACAGACCGGCGAUACCGCUCUAUACGGUUUCAGUGAUUUUGUAAACCUCCUCUGUCUCUGGCUUCGGUUGUGGACCGAGUCAGGCAGCAGCAGCAUCGCAUUUACAGUCGUCCUUAUCCGACUUGCUUUACGGUCUGGGUCACGGAUACAUCAACGCCUUGUAAACAUCGUCACGAGCGCUCCGUUAUCUUUCUUCUCUCAAACAGAUAACGGCUCAAUCCUGAAUAGGUUUAGUCAAGACAUCCAGCUUAUCGAUAAACAACUGCCGUCAGCGUUUCAAACCAUUGUGACUCGUAGGUUCCACGCACAUUUUCCUGGAGGCUUUGAAGCUAAUAGAACUAUCAGAAAUCUGCAAGCCUGUUAUGCAGGUUAUAGUUCUUUGCAUGGCAGAGAAAUGGCUUACUAUGCUAUUCCGGCCUGUGUGCUUCGGGUUUACUUCGUGCGGAAGGUCUAUCUUCGAACGUCGAGGCAAUUGCGAUAUCUGGAGCUAGAGGCCCGCGCAGGCGUCUUCUCGAGUUUCUUGGAAUCUGUUGAGGGCCUCGAAACAAUACGCCCCUUUGGUUGGUCCAGAGCCCGCCCAGAGUUUCUUCUCCUUUGUCUACAAAGAUGGCUUAAUGUUGUUCUAGAUCUCUUGGCUGCAGGUGUGGCAACAACUGCGAUUGUCAUAGCUGUGGUAUUCCGAGAGCAUGUCAGCGGUGCGCAAGUCGGAAUUGCGCUCAACAUUAUCCUCGUUGCAAAUACAACGCUGCUGAAGCUUGUGGAGAACUGGACCAUUAUGGAGAUCUCUCUCGGUGCCAUUUCUCGCUUGAAAACUCUGGAGAAGAACACUCCGCUUGAGGGUGGAGCGAACUGGAGUAUGGAGCCACCUGCAAACUGGCUUUCCAGUGCGCAGAUCGAGUUCUGCGAUAUCACUGCCGCCUACCACGCCGAGUCUCUUGCUAUAAAGAAUUUGAGCCUGAAUGUCAAUCCUGGUCAGAAGCUCAUCGUCUGCGGUCGCACAGGCAGGACUGACCUUUACAUACGAACUGGUAAAACUACGCUACUAUUGACGCUGCUCAGACUUCUGGAGCUUCGGUCUGGUAAGAUUAAGCUGGAUGGUAUCGAUAUCAAGCGCGUCAGGCUUAAUUUGCUGCGCCAGCGCUGCUUCGUCGCGGUAUCCCAGGACCCCCUCCUUUUGCCCGAACAGACGCUGCGCUUCAACUUGGACCCAGACAACUCAAGACCGGACGGGGAUCUGAUUGAUGCAUUGGCCAAAGCGGUGUUGUGGUCACACUUUGUCGAAAGCGACAAACGCGUUGAGGGAGGCAUCGCUAUUUCUGGCUUUGGCGAGCACCCGAUCCUCUAUCAGAAGGUUUCAUUGCUCCAGGAACUUUCUGUGGGACAGUGUCAACUAUUUGCGAUCUGCCGGGCGCUUGCCAAAACCGGCGCGUUACGAACUUUAGGCGUGACGCCAGUGGUUGUCUUGGAUGAAGUCACGUCCUCUCUUGAUGUAGCUACGGAGUCCACCAUCUUACUGAGGCCAUUAGCAGGCUAG